AUGGCUGGUACUUCCAAAGCUUCUGCUGAGGCAGAAACGCCAGCAAAGCCCAGUGUCUGGCGCCGGGCAACCUCUUUCGGUCGUCUGCUGGUUUACGGGAACCCUUCAACCACCGACCUAAUCCUUCUCUGCGUCGGUUUCAUCAGUGCUAUAGCUUCCGGAAUCCCGUUCCCUAUCAUGUCGAUUGUUUUCGGACAGCUAGUCAACGGACUCAACUCGGCCACCUGCGAGGUCAAUCCCUCCACGGCUGCAGCCUAUCAAGACGGAAUAAACUCCAAGAUUUUACUGAUCGUCUACGUUGGAAUUGCGUAUUUUGUGCUGAUCUAUAUUUACACCUUCUGCUGGAAUCUCCAUGGCGAGCGACUCGCUCAGCGCUUGAGAGAGAAGUAUUUUGGCGCCAUUUUGCGGCAGGAUGCAGCCUUCUUCGACAAAUUGCCCGCGGGCGAGGUAUCUUCGCGGAUUGUAGGCGAAAUCUCGGUUGUGCAGCAGGGAACCAAUGAGAAGGUUGGCAUCGUAAUAAACAGUGUCUCCUUCUUUGUUGCCGCGUACGUCGUGGCAUUUACUAAGGACCCGAAGUUGGCUGGUAUGCUGGUAUCCCUCACCCCAGCGUAUCUCAUUAUGGCACUGGGUGGUGGGUAUUUUGUGCAAAAGUAUGCUGGACGCUCAUUGGAAAGCAUGGGAAAAGCAUCAUCAGUCGCAUUGGAGGCCUUGUCGAAUGCUACAGUUGUCCAUGCUUUUUCUGCGAAUUCACGGCUUGAGGAGAAGUUCACUGAAGUCCUGGCCCCUGCUCUGUCGGCAGGUGUAUGGAAAUCUGUUGCUGUCGCGGCUCAAGCGGGCCUUCUGUAUUUCAUUGCCUUUUCAGCAAACGGUCUUGCUUUCUGGCAAGGGUCGCGACAGAUCGCGGGCGCUGUAGAAUCGAAUACUGGCGGCAUCACAGUCGGCACCACUUUCACUGUGAUCCUGAUCCUUGUAGAUGCGUCUUUGAUUCUCAGCCAGGCUGCCCCCUUUCUGCGCAGUUUUGAUGCCGCAUCGGCUGCCUUUGCCAAGCUGGAGGCCGAUAUGAGCCACGUACCAACAAUAGAUGGUACCGUUGAGGAAACUGGCCGUGUGUUACCAGCGGUAUCUGGCAAUGUGGAGCUGCGGAACGUUCACUACGCGUUCCCAUCCCAACGAGAAAAACCUGCAGUGAAGAAUCUAUCUAUGGCCUGUCCAGCCGGUCAACGAACGGCAAUAGUAGGUCUUUCGGGCAGUGGCAAAUCCACUGUGGCCGGUUUGAUCACCCGAUUCUACGACGCCGACGAAGGCAUGGUGCUACUAGACGGCCACGAUGUGAAGGAUCUGAAUGUGCGUUCAGUUCGUAGCCAUAUUAGUCUGGUGCAACAGGAGCCGUGCCUUCUGGACCGAUCAAUCCUGGAAAAUAUCGCACUUGGUCUCAUUAACUCCCCCAAUCAUGCGCACCUGCGCGCACUUUUGAUGGGUAAUGUUCUUGCUGAAGUCGCGGCAGCCAUGCGAGAUGGCCAAGACUUGAUGUCUGCCUCUCAAGUCCAUGGCGACCAAAUGCGAGAGAUUGCCGAGCUUGUGCUCCAAGCUGCUGCGAUGGCGGAUGCACUCGGCUUCAUCGAGCGCCUGCAGGAAGGGUUAGGAACUUCGGUCGGCACAAAGGGUCAUCUUAUUAGCGGUGGGCAGAAGCAGCGAAUUUCGCUUGCUCGUGCCCUGAUCAAGGAUCCCCGUAUUCUGAUUCUCGACGAAGCUACUGCUUCUCUCGACUCGGCAUCUGAGCUGCGAAUUCAGCAAGCUCUGGAGAAAGUGGCUGUUGGCCGGACAGUGAUCACGAUUGCCCACCGACUCUCCACGGUCAAGAAUUCAGACAAGAUCAUUGUCAUGCGACAAGGAGAGCUGAUCGAGCAAGGAACUCACCAAGACCUUAUUGAUGCUGCCGGCGCCUAUGCUGAGCUGGUUCGUCUUCAGAAUCUGAAUGUCAACGGUGGCGAAGAGGAUAAUGAGCAAACGGAGGUUGCCUCCGCUGGCUCAGGGUCUAUGAUGGAAGAGAUACACGAGAAGUCUGGAGCUGUUGCAACGUCAGCCGCGGGAUACCAGGCCAACAUCGAAGGCCGUGGCUCAGCAGACGAGCAAGUCAAAGACCAGCAAUCGUUGCAAUCCACUGCCCAUGCCAUGAGCGCCUUUUUCCGACCGCAUUUGUUUGUGGUCACCAUUGCAAUCACUGGAGCGGUCAUUAUUGGUGGCACGUAUUGUGGCUCGGCUGUGAUUUUCGGAAAUGUUGUUGGCAAGCUGAGCUACUGCGAAGAACCGAACUCCAUUCGCCAAGCUGGUCAGCUUUUUGGACUUCUCUUCUUCAUUCUCGCCAUCAUCGAAUUCACUGCUAAUUUCCUGAGCUGGUCACUGUUUGGCUGGGUGGCAGAGCACGUCAUUUAUAAAGUGCGCGUAUUAUCACUGAGGUCCAUACUUGAGCAGGAGCUAGCAUGGCAUGAAUCCAAAGACCGAACUCCCUCCCUUCUGCUCGGGCUGAUCACCAAUGAUAGCAGCGCCUUGGGCGGCCUUGCUGGCUCCGUGGUCUGUAUCCUGCUAUCCAUCCUGGUCAGUCUCAUUGCCACAAUCACCAUGACACAUAUCAUUGCCUGGAAGAUCGCAAUAGUAUGUCUUUCAGUUGUGCCACUGUUGUUGGGGGCUGGCUACAUGCGCAUCACCACCUUGGCCCGCUUCGAGGAGCGACACUUGGAAGCAUUUGCCAAUUCUCAUGCCAUUACAGUGGAGGCGGUUAACUCCAUGAAGACUAUAAUGUCCUUUUCUUUGGAACACGAGAUACUUGGCCAAUAUCGCCGGUCACUUCAUGAACCCAUGCGUCAGGUUACAAAGCAAAGCGCAUGGGCAAACCUGUGGCUUGCUGUGGGCUAUGGACUCAGUAAUUUUCUCUAUGCACUGGCGUACUGGUGGGGAUCCACAAGAAUCGUCGCGGGCGAGUACACUCAAACUCAGUUCUUCAUUGUACAACUCGCUUUGCUGGUCAGCUCUCAAUUAUGGGGACAGGCGUUCGCCCUCGCACCUGAAGUCUCUCGCGCAUUUCAGGCUACCGGUCGACUGGUGGAGCUACUCCGUAUGGGAUCAACGAAAGACCUUUCUGCCCCCCUCAUACCGACUGGAGAUGUUGAGGCAACCGCUGGUCCGAGUGAAAAGGCAGUGUCUUCUGCUGGUGGCGUGAGCGUUGCCUUUAAACAAGUUGUCUUCUCAUACCCGGCGCGCCCAGAUAGUCAAGUUCUCCAUGGCCUAGAUCUGAGGAUUCGGCCAGGCCAAUUUGCUGCCCUUGUCGGCCCAAGUGGUGCUGGUAAAUCAACAAUCAUCGCGCUUGUUGAGCGGCUUUACCGACCAGAUUCAGGGACCAUCGAAGUGGAUGGUCAAGACAUUAUGUACAGGGACAAUUCGUUCCGUCAUGAGAUUGCCUAUGUCCCUCAGCAGAGUGUCUUGUUUGAUGACACCAUUCGAUUCAAUCUAACCCUCGGUGCAAGGCCAGGUCAGGCCGUAUCCCAGCAGGAACUUGAGGAGGCUUGUAAGAUAGCAAACAUCCACGACACGAUUAUGCAAUUGCCGGACGGAUACGAUUCCUACUGCGGGCCAAAUGGAGACAGACUCUCAGGAGGCCAGAAGCAGCGACUGGCAAUUGCACGUGCACUGGUUCGCAAACCUAAGCUUCUACUUCUUGAUGAGUCCACUAGUGCCCUGGAUGCAGAAUCCGAAAGGCUGCUGCAAGAUGGCCUUGAGAAGGCCACAAAGCACAUGACUGUCAUCGCGAUUGCGCAUCGUCUGUACACUAUCCGUAAGGCGGAUGCCAUUUUCCUCAUCGAGAACGGGCAAUGCGUCGACCAAGGCACACACGCAGAGCUGAUAGUGAGUAGUGAAAGCUAUCGAGUGAACGUGCUGAACCAGACAAUUGGGCAUUGA